CCGAACUUCGUUUCUCCUCCUGAGAAAUUAGCUGCUACGGUUAGUCUGCGCGGUGGAGGGAAAUGCAGAGGAUCGUUAAAAUGAUGGAGGCAGAAAUACUGAAGUUCAUCUGCGCCAAUCAAGGAUCGGUUAACACUGAUUAUUUGUUGUUUAAUCUCGCUUUUGGCGAUUCGGUGAACGUGUCGGAAACUAUUUGUAACCAAGAGAAAUUUGCUUCGUGUUGCCCCUUCGGACAGCCGAAGGUGGUGGCCAGGACCAAUCUGAGACUGUGCCGAGCCAGAGACUGCCAGGGAACAUGCAGGGGCCUGCAUCUGUGUAAAAACAUCCUCUUCACGGGAUCCUGUCAGUUCAGCCGGUCCAGGAGAGGAUGCAUCUUCUCCCAUGCGCUGGACUCUGAGCACAAUACGAGGAUACUGAGAGAGCAUGAGCUGGAGAGUCUGAGCAGGGCGGAGCUGUGCACGCUGCUGCUGCAGAGCGACGACAGGCUCCUGCCACCUAUAUGUUAUGAUUACAACAAUGGUGGCGGGGAGUUCGGCAGGUGCCAGGAUGGUUCUGGUUGCAAGAGACUGCAUAUUUGUGAGAAGUUCCUGAACCGUGACUGCAGCUGCACCAGGGUUCACGAUUUUACUGCUCAACAGCCUUUGAAAAUCCUGCAGGAUAAAGGCGUGCCUGAAGACCUUAUUCCCUCCUUGAAGUCAGUGUAUGCAAAUAUCCAGGCUUUGAAGUACUUGGACAGAAAUGGCGAUAAGGGCAACAGUCCACAGCGAGGUGGUAACAGGGGCAACAGAGGAAACAGAGGCAACAGGGGCAACAGGGGAAACAGAGGAAACAGAGGAAACCAGGACCACUGUCCGCAGCGAACCCUUUCCACUAGUGAUAUCUUUGCUGCCAUCAGUGCCUUCGAUGACGUUGACAAUGGGCCAAAUAAAGGCAACAGUUACUCGCAGCACCCAACGUCCUCCACCAGUGACGUCUCUGUUGCUGCCAGCGAUGAUGGUCAGAGCACAAAACCAACACAAAAUCUGAAUAAAACUUCCACAGCUAUCAGAGGGAAAGUUGGCAACCGUGGCAACAGGGGCAACCAUCAACCACUGCCACGAACCCGUUCCACCAGUGACAUCAACGCUUCCGUCAACGGCGACGCAAACGGUGAUGAUUUGUCGAACAGAAGAGAGAGGAACAGGCCUGUCAGAGAUAAAACGGAGCUAUGCAUGUACUUCAUCAAAGGACACUGUAUUCAUGGGGAGCGAUGUUUUAAAGCUCAUGACAAGAUGCCCUACAGAUGGGAGAUCAGAGUGGAUGAUCAGUGGACCGCCAUGCCUGAAAAUGAAUCGAUUGAGAAGGACUACUGUGACCCUAAAAACACAAUCAGCAGCAGCUAUCCACCUGUGGAUUUUGACACAAUGACCCGUGGACCGAACAAAGUGCGUCGUCUCUCUACCAUUAACUCUUUGCUUGAGCCGACCUUCAUCCUCACCACUGAGUGGGUCUGGUACUGGGAGGAUGAGUACGGAAAGUGGAACGCGUACGCUUCAGCUGAUGGUGGACACAAACCAGCAGACAUGGACAGCUCUAAACUGGAGCAGAAGUUUCUGGACAAUGACAAAGAUGUGGUGGAGUUCAAGGCCGGUUUACAGUCAUAUUCACUCAGUUUUCAGGACAUGAUACAAACAAACAAGCAGUAUGGCACUAAAAAGGUUGUGAAAAGACGUCCCCGGUUUGUCUCCGCGGCUGAUGUCCAAACGCGGAGAGCGAGAAGGCCGCUUGGUCCAGCAAAUUUCACUACAAUACCAGACCACUGGGACAAGACACAGAUCCCUCAAACAGGAUACAAGCGAGUCUCCCUCCAGCGCUCCUCAGAUGAAUACAAGGAGAUUGAAGCUCUCUUCUGUAAAACCAUGAGAGGCUUUGACAUUGUCAAAAUCGAGAGGAUUCAGAACAAAGCUCUUUGGGAAGUCUUUCAGUGGCAGAAAACUCAGAUGACGAACAACAAUGGCGGGCGCAGUGUGACAGAAAAAAAGCUUUUUCAUGGCACUGACUCGAAAUACGUUGACGUCAUCUGCCACACCAACUUUGACUGGAGAAUCUGUGGAACUCAUGGAACUGCUUUCGGCAAAGGUAGUUACUUUGCCCGGGAUGCAAAAUACUCCCACAACUACACCGGUGACUCUGAUGUCAAAUCCAUGUUCAUCUCACGACUGCUGGUGGGAAACUACACCAGAGGGUCCUCCGACUACCGCAGGCCUCCUUCCAAGGAUGGCGGGGACAUAAACUUCUUUGACAGCUGCGUGGACGACGUCAUGAACCCUUCUAUCUAUGUUGUGUUUGAGAAGCACCAGAUCUAUCCCGAGUACCUGCUGCAGUACAAGACUACGCACCCGCUCGUUGACGUAUUUGGUGCUGCGUCUACAUCUGCAUCUGCACCGGCACCAAAACCAGUACCAGCACCAAAACUGGUACCGGCACCAAAACCAGUACAGGCACCGAGGCCGGUUACCCGACCCAGUGUGUCAGUUUAUCAACACAGCACAUCCACAUACCAACCUAGCACAUCAUUUUAUCAACCCAGCGCAACCCCCCAACCCAGGACUUUGUCCUACCAGUCCAGCACAAGCUCUUAUCGAUUCCAGCCCACACAGUCGUCUCCACCUUCCCCACCAACCCAGAGUGCAAAGAAACAGUCUGAUUCCUGUGUCAUUGCUUAGGGACAAAGGCGAAGUGAGGGCAGGCUUUGAUGGAGCUUCUGCAAAAAGUUUGGGGUCAUUUUGGUGAUAAAUGUUUCGUGAUGAGCUGCUUUUAUGCAGCAUAUGACAGUGUCACUUAGACUGGAAAACCAAACAACACUAUAGUUCUUAAUUACACAAAUUACUUAGUAAAGUAGAAAAAAAAUACUAUAAACAGGAAAUAUCAAUGGCAGAGCUGCCAAUUUCGAAGUAGCAUUCAAAUUUUAAACAAAUAUGUAGAAAAUCGGCAAAAGAAAAUGCAAACGAAUGCAUGUAUUACAAGUCGCGAACGUUAAAAUUUACGGUGGCGCUGGUUCUCCAGACAGGUGACAUUAAGAAAUCGCAAAAGAACGGUUUUAGUCGAUGUACACGUCAUGUACUUCAUGAUUUAUUACUCACUCAGGAAAUGUUACACAUCACAAUGGCAUUAAAAAAUCACAUUAAAUAAAAUCAUAUUCAAUAGCUGUAAUACUGAAUUCAUCAUAUUUAGCAAUUAUUGCAUUCAGACCAAAACAUGAAAAUCUCUUAAGCUUCUUCUAACUGCAGACCAUAUUUGAGGCUUCUAACCAAAAAGCUUUAUAGAAAAACCCACUGACUUUGAAGUGGACUUGAAGGGAAGUGGAAAUGCUACAAUGUUAACUCGUCUCUGGGUUUUAGGACUCUUGAUGCUGUCAUCUCCGGGUUUUAUAAUGUGUAUGUUAGCUGUUUUUGUUUCACAAAAUGGUAAGGGUGUAAGUUUAUUGAUUAUUUAAACCACCAGAUGCAGAUUUUGUGCUGAGUUAUUCCUUUGCUUAAAGGUGCAAUAUGCAUCUGAGAAUUUAUGUGUAAACAUUCAAAAAAGAACUAAAAUGUUCAACGGAGUUUGACGAAAUGACACUUUUGACAUUAUGUCAAUGACAUCUAUGUAUUGUAUUGAAGAGAUAUCCACUAAAGUUAGCAUGCUAACUUGCUAGCCACAGCCUGUCCUGUCUCGAAAUACCACUUUGUGCCUUAAGAGGCAAUCGUUCGAUAGCAUCGCCCACAGUAGUUUCAAAUGGGAGAUGUAUGCUAACAGCAAAUCUGCCACGUUUAAUAAGCUCUCUUUGCUUUUUGAAUCUAAUAAAUAAACUCAACUCACCAAAUGUCAAGAAAGGAAAUCUGUUUUCCUUAUCAAACAGAAAAAUACAACCGUACACCUUGUGAACUCAAGUUUCUCUCUUUUACGAACUUGAGACGAGGUUAAUUGCCGGGUUAACUCAUCGUAGAACACACUUAGUUGAAACGCGACAGAAACAGAAUGAAACUCACCAAAUCGUCUUUGUCUUUCCGCUGUUCCAACAACAAGAUGUGAAAGUAUUCUGGCUCUACAUGCGGUUUUCCAGGCUGGUGAUUCCCCACCACCGUCGUCGGGGUUUGAGUCCUGGUUGGAGCCGCUGGAAAUCACCUCGGUACUGCACUAUCCCAGCCGUCCAGCACCAACACUCAACCGGUGCUCCGAGCUCCUGGUCUGGGCAAAGUCGGCUAAUAGGGCCACUAGCUGCAUGGCUAACUGAGCUAAAUAGCUAACGCCUGCUUGUAGCUACAGCCACAAAUGGUGACAGUUAAGAGUGUAGUGAGCAGUUACUCUUACAUAUUGCACUAUUAAAUGUGCAAUAUGUAAUGUGUGACUAAAUGAAGGUUUUAACGUUUUGUAUAUGUUGCAAAGAUAUCAACUGAAGUUAGCAUGCUAACCAGCAAGAGGCGAUAGUGAGUCAGUGUAGCGCCCAGCCAGUCCAACAGCACCGAGGUGGUAUUGUUACCGUGUUUGGCUCCUAGCACCCCAACAGGCUGACCCCGCCGUAACCCUCACUCAGGCCUCCAGAGGUGGCGCUGACAGGCUGGCACCAUUCCCCGCCAGCAUUCCCCGCUGGGUCCCCCUGUCUCGACCCUGAAAACCUGCUCCUCCCAGAGGCCCAAAGCUCCUGUGCUAAAGGUGUAAACACCAACACUCCCCAUCAGAGGGGACAGUGAGCUAACGCUAAUUGGACUGCUAGCUGAUGCAGCUAGCUGAGAUAACCAGCAGCUACGGUUAGCAGCAGUUAGCUGUUACUCUGGUGAUAGCUGCCUCGUAUUUGAAGGGUGAAUUCAACAGGUGGCCAGUUCGUACAUAUUGCACCUCGAACGUUACUGUUCCACUAAAAUAAUACCGUUUCUGUUGAUGUUGUACAUUGAAAAAAUGCACACAGAAACAGUGUUUUAUUUUCCAGUCCUUACUCUGCGGCAUUGUUACUGGUGGAGCCGCAGUUCUCUGUGUCGUUCUCUGUCUGUCUCGUAAUUGAAUUGAAAACACCACCGGCGUUCGGGCCUCUUAGUGAAAUGAGGCAGGGCAUGAAAAAUGAUCAAUAUGGUUGCCGGUGCUUCCUGUGACAUGAGACAUUAGGUUUCAUACCCCCCCUUCUUAAACACACACACACACACACACAAACCGUGUAUACUGUACAUACACUAGCAAGCACCUCCUCUUGUGCUUCCUGACAAACUGCAGUGUGAAUGUGUUUGCAUGUUAAGAUUUCAUCUUAUCGUCACAUUUCAUCUCUAUAUCUCAUAUUUCCUCUACGCAGCCUGACUUUUUCAUUGAAUCAUUCCACAUACGAAAACAUGCAUUGAUUUACAAUAAAGCAGAACACGGAUUUUUACAAUAUCUGCAUUGAGUUAUACUACGCCUCUGCUUUAUGCAAUGAUUUAUAUUACUGUAUGAAUGUGAAGACAUUAAUUUGUUGUGCAGGCAUGUUUAUGUUUAGAUCUGCUCUGAUCAGUACAAAUGUAACAGAAAUUCUCUGAAAUAAACAUCUUUCGUUUGAGCCAUAGGAAA